AUGGGGCAGGGAGGGCGGCGGCAACCGACGGAGACGACCGCCGGAGAUGGUCUCGCGGCGGACGAGCGUGGCGGCGGCGGCGGGACUUGGGUUGCUGGUCGCGACGCUGAGGAACAAUGGCGACGCGAGGUGAGGGGGCGCUGCGGCUGGGUCUCCGGUGGGGCCGGGACGGGUGACGCGGCGGCUGUGGUGGAGAUGUUGGCGGCGCGGGUGCUGCUGGCGGGAAGGGUGGCCGGCUGA